AUGGAUUGGGCUCAGGGUUUAGGCACGGGGCAACCCCUCGCGGCUUCUGACGGCCCCAGGAGCGCCUUGGUGGAGCGGGUGAUAAGCGCUGAAGAUGGCGGUGGUUUGUAUCCUUAUCUUCUCCUCAAUCUUAAGGCGGGGGUUUCCUUCCAUAAGGUUUGUUCUUUUGCUUUUCCCUGCGAGCAGCAGCAGCAGCAGCAGCAGCAGCAGCAGCAGCAGGAGCAGCAGCAGGAGCAGCAGCAGGAGCAGCAGGAGUUGCUGCUGCUGCAGCAGCAGAAGCAGAAGCAACAGCAGCAGCAAGUUGAACAGAAACUGCAACAGCAACAGGAUUGCCUGCUGCAGCAGCAACAGCAGCAGUUGCUGCAGCAGCAGCAGCAACUGCAGCAGCAGCAGCAGCAGCAGCAGCAGCAGCAGCAGCAGCAGCGUCUCGUCGCUGCCAGCAGCAGCAAACAGAAUCUCAGAAAGAAUAGGCAGCAGCACCAUCGGCGGUGGUACUUUCAUGGGGUUAUGCAGAGCUAUCAGAUAUGCUGGCUGCUGCUGUCUGCUCCUCCUCCUCUUCCUGCUGCUUAUGUGUCUCUGGCUGAGGCAGGAGACAACAGAAGAGUGGAUAUGUUGGUUAAGGAUAUCUAUGGCGGCAACUAUGCUGCUAUCGGCCUGAAGGGAGACACGAUAGCCUCCACCUUCGCGGGGGAUGAGACGGCGGGAGAGGCAGCAACAGACGUCAAGCGAAUGCCGCAGGUGGAAGACCUCAGCAGCAGCAGCAGCAGCAGCAGCAGCAGCAGCAACAGCAGCAACAGCGUGGCAGCCGAUAGUUUGUAUCCGGCAGCAGCAGCAGCAGCAGCAGCAGCGGCAGAGGCAGGCUCAGCAGCAGCAGCAGCAACAGCAGCAUCAGAAUGCAGCUCGGGGGAUGAGACGGCGGGAGAGGCAGCAGCAGACGUCAAACGAAUGCCGCAGGUGGAAGACCUCAGCAGCAACAGCAGCAGCAGCAGCAGCAGCAGCAACAGCAGCAGCAGCAGCAGCAACAGCGUGGCAGCUGAUAGUGUGUAUCCGGCAGCAGCAGCAGCAGCAGCAGCAGCAGCAGCAGAAGCAGGAUCAGCAGCAGCAGCAGCAGCAACAGCAGCAUCAGAAUGCAGCUCCUGCAGCAGCAGCAGCAACAGCAGCAGCAGCAGCAGCAACAGCAGCAGCAGCAACAGUAGCAACAGCAGUAGCAGCAGCAGCAACAGCAACAGCAGCAACAGCAUCGUUGUGUUCCGAGGCGAGGAUUUUUAUGACCAGCCGUCUGAAGCGGACGUGGUGAGGUCUUUGCUGGCUAUGAUGAGCUUCAAUUUGGCGCAGCAGGCCUUCCUGCAUGCCCGUCUGAGGCGGACGUGGGUGGUGAUCGUCGGGUUUUCGUUUUCUAUGUGGUAUUGGGUGGUGAUAGUGGUGUUUUUGGUUUCUAUGAUCGAUAUAUGA